GGAAGAACUGCGAUUUCGCUUCCAUGCGCCCUGCUCUCCUCCUCUUUGACAUUCGAGAUAAAACAAGGAAUGCUGCCAAGUGCUGCCGCCUCUUUCCAAGGCACCGCUGGCGGCAAGUCUUACCCAGCCAAGAAUGAAGUGAAGCCUCCACCAGCUUCGACUUACAAGAGGACGACGCCGAGGCUUUCCUGAUUGCUUUGGGGGACCAGGACCUGGCAGAACAUGAGUUGAUGAUCGCACUCGCCGCGGUGAUAGAAGGCAAGCUGGGUCGGAAGAGGCGUAAGACGCGGGCCGAGGCUCGAAUUAUGCUAGCCAACGGACAAGUCGGCAGGGACGAUUUCGACCCACGUUUGGCCAAAUGGCACAGAUGCAAUCGUAUUUCACGAAUGGAUCCGCGCUAACGAUCUUGAUGUACGAAUUGUGGUGAGCGUGGACGCUGGGCGGAGUCGCAGCGUAAGCCGUUCAAGUCCAAAGCCGAUACAUUAGCAUAAUAAGCUUAGACACCUAAGGAUCAAGGAGGCGCCAAUACAUGGCAUUUCGAACACGACCUGGGCUCUGACGGCCUCAGGGAUUAUGCAUCUCCGUGACGGUUGCCGUGUGGCCCGGCAUCAUCCAAGGCUGGAAGGACCCGGAGGCUUCUCUGAACUCGAGGAAUUUGAUGGACUGCGCUCUCGUGGACACUGCCGUGGGUCAAGCAUUUCUCGGACGCGAGGGCCUGAACAUUCUCAUUCGCGCUUUUGAGAAACGAAGGUGUCGCAUUCAUUUCGAGAUGGGCGAAAUCAAAUGCAUGGCGGCCUCGGGCACUGGGGGAAAGGUGACUCCCGCGGAGCGCGUCUGGGUCCGAGGGUCUCUCGCAGGCUGCGGCUUUGAGGAGUUCUUCAUCCCGGAGACGUGCCCCCGCUGCUGCUGGCGAAGCUCCCCGAGGAGAUCGGCUCGAGGAUGGACCUCCGGGAGAAAGCCCUCACCGUCAACGACGGCGGCAGCGGGGCGUGCUCGAGGACGACGCGAUCCUUCCUUCGCCAUCUUUCUCGCUAUCGGCCCGUCUCGCUGAUCCGGCGCGAUGCCGAGGACUUCAAGGUCGACCCCGACGAUGAGCCAGCUUUACAGGGAGCGCAUGUCGAUAGUCCGACCGGACGGGGCGGGUCUUGGCAGUGCCAGGGCCACCACGACUGGGGCAGGAGUCAGCAUGGUAGUUAGGUCAGUCCCCUUCUCCUCCUCAUCCUCCUCCUCCUCUUUCCCUUCUCCUGCCAGGGAAGGGGCCCCUCGGUUCAAGCUGACCCCCAGAAGCAAGUUCGGUUCCAGCGAGAGCCGGCCGAUGCACAUGUCCAAGGCCAGCCGUGCGAAGCAGCCCGUCAAGCAGAGGAGUCAGUCUGCCAGUCCUGCUCGCCGAGGCCCAGACUCCGAGAUGCCGAACGUGCAGGAGGUCCCUGACAUCGAGACAAUGAUGGAGGAAGGCGGACGGGGUGCCCUGGGGACCACGACCGAUGCCCUGGACGAGAUCCUGGCCAUCGAUGCUUCAGGCGAGGUAGUCACCGGUCAGCUAAACACUGACGCGCUGCGUUUCGACCAGAGGCCGGCGCGCUGCAGAUCAAUGGCGCUCUGGAUCCACGGGUCCAUGCGGACGCGCUCGGACAUGGAGGCCCUCGCGGGACCGGUUCCGAUCCUCCUCCAGGGGGGCGAGGGCAUCGACCAGAUCGAGUGUCUUCGAACUUCGUGGGUUCAGCGCUCGAGCUCCCACCCGACGUCUUUCUACACAUCCUUGAUGAUUGCUGCAGGGAACAGUGUGGUCCGAGGAGCGAAGAUUUUCUCCGCUGAGUUGUAGAAGUUGUGAUCUGAGCAAGUUUUGUCCAGUGGGUCUGGAUCCCGGUUGCUGCGCCGUCCUGCGGAUCCGCGCCCGUGUGCAGACCCUCGACCCGAUGUGCGUCGAGUGGAUGUCGGUGGGCGAUGCAGGGGAAGAGGCAGGACGCGAGGAGG